UUCCUCAUUGACCCCUAGAUAGAACAGUGCUUUGUUUACCUCUCCACUCAGUCGGCUGCGAACAUUCGAGAUGCGCCAAACAUCGGAACCAAUGGGCUUCUUACAAACUGGUGACGUCACAUCCGUUUCAAAAGACCACCCGCGAGCCAGCAGUGUUGACGGGUAAAAAAAAAAAAUGAUCCGCAGAAAGAGAGAGUCUUUCCUACAGCACCCCCUCCUAGCCUGUUGUAAGGUGACGUCAUCGUCCACGUCAGCUAAUCAUCCGUUUGGUGGACGUCGCCUGAUCGCCCACGACACUCUGCCAGAGUACAGCAACAGAUCCCCGCCCCAGGAACGAGAUCUCGUAGAGGAAGUAGAGUCGGGGCAAAGCACAGACAACAGUGACGGGCAGGAUGAGGGGGGUAUGUGGGUGGAGAGCGGCUCGAAUCGAGGCGUCUGGGAUUCUCAAGGUCAAAGUGAAAAUGGCGACAGUACAGAGGAGGAUGAGGAGACAGGUCAUGACCUUGAAAACUUUAACGGUAAUCGUCCACCAAAUGAAAGAGGAAAAAACUGUCAAAGUUCAGAGAUUAAAAGAGCAGAGAUUAAAAGAGAAGAGAUUAAAAGAGAAGAGAUUAAAAGAGAAGAGAUUAGCAAAGGUGGGAAAAGGAACAAAUCAGGGGAUUUAGAGAGUCAACAUGAGAACGUGCAGAGAAAGACUGACAGAAGCGAAGUAGACAGUGACAACAACUCAAUAGCCUCCGAAUUGAACAACACGGACUGGUCCGAGUAUUCUGAUCAGGAGCUGAAGGAGGCGACCAGAGGUAUUUCAGCGCUGAGACCUGACAACAAGCGCAGUGCCGACAGAUCCAACCCGCCCAGAAAACCGUUCACACGUUCCAGCAAGGUCCAGGAGAUGGCACACAGCCAUGUCGCAGAACUGCCGUCCCGAUUUGAGAGCGGGGACUCUGGAAACCAACUCACUUUGGCCGUGCGCGCGAUUCAAAACAUGCAACGAAAUACUGAGAGGAGCUUUAGGAUGAUGAGAAACGGCAAGGCCACUAGCCAGAAGACAGAGGGCAGGGCCGCUAAUCACAGGGCAGAAGGCAGGGCCGAUAACCACACGGCAGAAGGCAAGACCACUAGCCACAAGACGGAAGGCAAGUCCGCUAACCACAUGGCAGAAACACAACCACAAGAGAAGAGCCCAAAGAGCGAGGAGAACUUAAAGAGAAGCUACAGCAGCGUGAGCACCUUUGUCUGGCACAACACGGUCAAGGUGAGCAGUAUACACGACGGCGGCGAAAACGUCAACGAAAACUCUAGCCAGAAGUCAGCCUCAGGCGAGCAUGACGGAGACGAUCGCAACGGUUUAGAAAAAUGCGAUCAGCAAGAGAAACACGAGUCACGCGACGUACACCGCUCCAAGAGCGAACCGACCAACAGGACUUUGGCCGAACAUGUCAGAAAAUAUGACGUCAACACCAACGCCCACGGGGACCAGGCGCCCCAGCCCACAAUCAUCGCAUCCAAGCCCACACACGGCAGCCAAAAAUUCCUGGUCCGAAAAGACAAACAGUGGAACGGCGGAGAUGGUUCGGAUCCCUCGUACAUCAUCCACAUCGAGUCCCAGACAGACCAAGCCUCCAACAGUCAGCCUAGCGGCACCAGCAAGACACCCCACGAGACGAGGAGACGACGGGGCGACAUCGUGAAAAUGAGACGAAUGGAACUGUCCAACGAAGCGUCGCAUCAGUCCGAGUCAAGCCAGCCGGCCAUUGAUGCUGUCUCAACGCCAAAGUUAAACGAGGGGGGCAAGUCUUUUAGUACAGAUUGCACUAAACAGACGACUGGGCAGUCAGCCAGUAAAUAUGAAUCAACACCCAUGCCUUCAAAGCUAAGUAUAAACGAAGCUCAUUCCAGACAGAACAAGAAUUCCUCGCACGAAAUUGAAGGCCCAAGUCACGUUAGAACCUCUAGCAGGGGGAAUAGAAGCCAUCGCCUCAUCGACCACCUGGAGAGAAAGGAAUCUCACAGCGACAGUGUAAUGCCGGACAGGCAUUUAUCUCGCAGUCCUGGAGUUCGAGAAUCUUCUGAAAGUGAAAAGACUAAGACCACCGUUAAUGUCUUAAGGAAACCUGAUCAAGUAACGGACACGCAAGUAGCCGCUGACGCCCUAGAAGUGAGGUCACUGUGUGGACUGAAGGCCAACAAAUGUGACCGCAUCGUUUGGAGCACAAAAAAACAAACGGAGAACGGCAACAGCUCUCAGUCAAAUGUCAAGGGAAAGAAUAAGGAAAGGGACGAAAGCGCAUCUGUUAUUCAUGUUUACUCCCCGUAUGAGAAAGGGAAAGUCAGUCGACCCGGUUCAUUGUUUUACAGGCGAUCGCCGGCCCGGAAACCGGCGGGCGAGAAUACAUCAGACGGACGGGCGACACACAGCGAGGCCGACACACGUCAAGUCAACACGGAGUACGAGAGUCAUGUGGUAUACAACGGUGUAAGGUGUGUCAAGGAUCAGGCGUGUCAGUACUCACCACCGGGGUGUGUCGGCGCGUGGGAGGAGGACACGGGUGAGCUCCAGUGCUUGAACUGCAGCAGUGAUCGCAUAGGACGGAAAGAUGAAAACAAACACAAUCAACAGCCGAACAGCUCGGUACUAAGUUCAUCACACAAUCAACAGCAAAACAGCUCGGUACUAAUCUCGGCACACAAUCAACAGCCAAACAGCAGGGGUCUCAAGACUUCACACAAACAACAGCCCAACAGCACUGGACUAAAUUCUUCACACAAUAGCGAGCAUACCAAAAGCACAGAGUUAAGUUCUCCGCACGAUUCGCCUAAACGGAUAUCUGUUCGCACAAAAACAAUCACAAAUAAACAAUGCACGAACAACAUUAGAACAGCGUCCGAGGAACGGAAAAUGUGUUCCGCCACCCAAGGAAAACCUAAGCCCUACGAUCGCGCAUCAUCGGCGGGAUCCUCGCAACAAUCCUCUCAACAAUCCUCGCAACAAUCCUCCCAGCAAACCCCGCCGAGAGCGGCACAGAACGGUGCACCCAGACGUCGACACACUGCACCAAAGCCAACAGCCGACACGUCCACCCAUGCGCCUGCUCACCCAGGUGUGGUGUAUCGCACCAGGCGUGGCCCUGCCUUCUACGAUCUGGAAACCAUAGAACCAGUGUCCCCACUACCGUCCUGGGCCGCACAGAACUACAACCCCAACGCCAACUUCGGAUCCAACCGGUCAUCACCAUCGACCCCUUUAACCAAGCGACUAACCACUCAGCCGUAUCUGUCCGACAACGCCCCCUCCCCAUCCUUGUCUGACAACGACAUCGUCACGCUUGAGGAAGCACGUCUCAAUGAAAACUACUCCAACCAACACUCGGUCUUCUCCAGCGAGGCUGAGCAGGACGAACAAGAGCUAAAAAUAGAACCCAUGACGCCACCGAUUCUCCUAAAGAACAGGCCGAAAGACGAGCCGUCGCCCAAGUACAGCGCCCCCAUGUCUCUAGACAAGCUACAGAAGCUGAUCGAGGAGGCCAAGGCCAACAGCAGGUCCAAUGUGAAAAUACUCGACCAGAAUACCAACUUUGAUGGCGAAAUCACGUACACGGAGAAAGAACCGGUCGACGUGUCCAACACAUUCAUCGGAGAGUACCUGUACAAGUUAUGGAAGAACGAAUGCCUCUGUGACGUCAAGGUUUCGGUAGGAGAAGUAGAUUUUUUCGUCCACAAGUUGGUGUUAGCCGCCUUCAGCAACGUCUUCUGUCCAUCGACGCCCCAGCCGCCCCCUUCCGUGGCCUUCAGGGUGCCUUGCUCAACACCCGAUGCCGUGCACCAGAUCUUCAACUACAUCUACACCUCCAGCAUGGAACUGAGAGACGAACUGCUAGAACCCAUCCUCAGCGCUGCCAUCUUCAUGGGCAUCUCAGAGGUCGUAGAGGUCAUCAACGAAAUUUUGAUGAAACCUACCAUGGAAAAUCUCGAGCUGUACAUUUGCAUCAAGAGACGCCACGGGCUGCAGAGUAGCUUGGUCGACUACCCGGAUAUCUACAGGAAUUUUUUUGUCGAGUUGAGUAACCACGAGGCGUUCUUUAAAAUGACAGUCAACGAGUUUGAGGAACUUCUCAAAGACCCAGAAGUGCUUGUGACCAGCGAGCUGGACACGAUUAGCGGCAUCGCCAACUGGGUCAAGUACAAUGCCAUCGACCGGAUCAACUGCCUGUCCCGACUUCUCAAGUACGUGAGUUUUGAGAGUAUCUCACCCAAGCUGCUGGCCUCUAUCUCGGAGAAGUACAACUACCUCUUCAACGUGCCGGGCGCUCCACAAGUCAUCAGUGAAGCUUUUAAGUUUCAUGCUCUGAAACUAGAAAACAGAUGCUGCAAUCUUUCAAGUCCUUGCAAAACGUCUAAGAAGUCCAAUCGAAGUCACAAAAGUAAAAAGAAAUUCUCUAAGAAGAACAUGUACACAAGCCCGGGCCCCUGCCGACCGGGGCACAUGAACAUCAUGUACCCCCGUCCCUCGAGGUGUUGCUACACCAGCCCCUGCUCCCCCAGCCGGCGCUUCAACUACAUCGGUACCAACACGUGCAGGAACUCAUCCGUCUGCUGUGAUCCCAACCCCGUUUCUACAACCGUGCACCGUGAUCCUAAUCCCAAAUCGACCAAUUUGCACUGUGACCCCAAUCCUAUUUCUACAAACUUAUACCGUGAUCCUAAUCCCAAUUCUACGACUCUACACCGUGAACCCAAUCCCAACUCGGUCAAGUUUGACGUCAACCCCUCCAGCUACACGCGGAGUGGACGUCACGGCCACGCCCACUCCAACCAGACCAACUCCAACGUCGUCAACCCGGAACUCAACGUCAUGUCCAACAACUGCAACGUGGAGGUCAAGCCGGACGUGGUGCACCACAUCAACAUGAAGAACACGCCCAUCAACAUGAAGAACACGCCCAUCAACCGCUCCAUCUCCUCGCUGUCCGGCGGUGCCAUCCUCCCCGGCAAGCGCCAGCCCUCCGUCACCACGCGGCAUCCGGUCAAAGACAUGUGGCACCACGACACAGCCAACGACGACGACUCACAUAAGCAGUGGAGGUCAAGUUCAGGGUCACAAAGGCCCAGAUCACGUCGAGGAAAACUGAUGAAUCAGCGAAAUAUUGCGGGGUUCAACAACAAUGCUGCGGACUACGAUUUGCUGAGUCAGCUCAACCCUCCACAUCUGACCGACAACUGGCCCAUCGUGCUAGGCGAGAGUUCGUGCUACAAUGACUCUAAUUACGAGGCCAUAUGUGAGACUCCUAGCUAUCAAAAUCCAAACUACGAACUAUCUUGUGAUUCUCCUAGCUAUCAAGAUUCCACGUGCGAAAUACCGUGUGAAACUCCUCGCUAUCAAAAGUCAAGCUAUGAAAUAAUCUGUGAAACUCCUAGCUACCAAAACUCAAAUUACGAAGUAUCCUGUGAUACUCCUAGCUAUCAAGACUCCACGUGCGAUAUACCUUUUGAUACCCCUAGCUAUCAAAAUCCCACCUGCGUCGAAAUACGUAACGAUUCAUGCUACCAAGUUUCCAACCCUUUUUCUCACAAAUCCAACCACGUAGAUAAAAGUUACACUUUAGAACAAAGAAAGCAAGACAUUCCUGCUCAGUCUAAAAAUGACACGAAUAUAGCAGAGUUAUUUAUGGGUGGCGUUGAUGAACGGGAAACGACUCGGCCACGAGAUAGAACUGUAACGAACGGAAGGGUCCGUUUCGCAAAAGGAACUUCUUUCGUAGCCAAAAGCUCAGACUGUGACCACGCCCCUGCCGAGAGUAAUUCUGAAGGUCAGAAGACAACAACUACUGACCAUGCUGGGGACAAACGCGUGCAUUCUUCCAGGAGGUUGGCGAACGCUGCACAUUUCUGGCAUCCAUUUCAUCAAGCAACAAGACACAUGGUAGCCAGUGACCUUGAUAACGACGUCUUCUGUUCAACCGAUGCUCCCAGCAUGCAAGGCGAUGUCUCUCCCAGUGAAACAAAUAUGGCGGACAGACAGAACUGGGUGGGCAAUGCCAGCUCGCCGCCUGUAGUUCUUGACAUACAGGGUCAAAUCUCACCAACGGUCAGUUCUGCAUCUGGACAUCAUGUUGAGCUUGGUCAAAGGUUUCAGAAGGUCGCAGUCCGCGAUGAAGCUGAUGAUUUAAUCGCCUUUCCUAAACAUGCCGCUUUGUUUAAAGAGAAUGCUAGGCCGCGUAAACAUGCCAAAGAUGCAAUGAAUGAACAAGCUAAUGUGAAGAAUCUAAAUACAAAUAACAUGACUUCUAGCAUUGGUACUAAAAGCUCCAAGACAGAGAAAGGAAUGGCUCGCCGCAGGUCUGGUAUUCCAGACAAGAAGGUCAGCUCGUCCACAGGAGGUCACUCAAGGGUCACUCGAGGAUUGUCACUUCUAGGUCAUGAUGACCAGACAUCGGCCUUUAGGGUCUAUAAACCCUAGUGAGCUGAACCACCGAACCCAACCAGCGAACCCAA